CCAGGGCUGGCAGCUUCCCAUGUGUCCUUUCCAGACAGUCUUCUCGCUAGGAUGAGGGAUCUUCUUCAGUAUGUUGCUUGCUUCUUUGCGUUUUUCUCCGCUGGGUUCUUGGUCGUGGCCACCUGGACAGACUGUUGGAUGGUGAAUGCAGAUGACUCCCUGGAGGUGAGCACAAAAUGUCGAGGCCUCUGGUGGGAGUGUGUCACAAACGCUUUUGAUGGAAUUCGCACCUGUGAUGAGUAUGAUUCUAUACUUGCUGAGCACUCCUUGAAGCUGGUGGUAACUCGGGCGCUGAUGAUUACUGCAGAUAUUCUAGCUGGAUUUGGAUUUAUUACCCUGCUCCUUGGACUUGACUGCGUGAAAUUCCUCCCUGAUGAGCCAUACAUCAAAGUCCGCAUCAGCUUUAUUGCUGGAACCACAUUACUAAUAGCAGGUGCUCCAGGAAUAAUAGGCUCUGUUUGGUAUGCUGUUGAUGUUUAUGUAGAACGUUCUUCUCUGAUUUUCCACAAUAUAUUUCUUGGCAUCCAAUAUAAAUUUGGUUGGUCCUGUUGGCUUGGAAUGGCUGGUUCUUUGGGUUGUUUUUUGGCUGGUGCUAUCCUCACAUGCUGCUUAUACCUCUUCAAAGAUGUUGGACCUGAGAGGAGCUAUCCUUAUUCCGCAAGGAAAGCCUAUUCAACCACAGCUGUUUCCAUGCCCCGGUCACAUGCGACCCCUCGAACACAGACUGCCAAAAUGUAUGCUGUCGACACUAGGGUGUGA